UGUUCGGCCCAAGAAACCGAUAGAAUAAGUAGCAGGCUUUAAAAAAAAAGUAUCGGGGUAAAUUUGUUCGACCCAAAUCCUUCGUGGUAGUCUCAGCACGGCCAAUCGUAACUGAUUAUUUUAGCCCAACUACGAGGUCUUUACUCAUUUUCUGCAGGAGAUUAAUGUUAUUAACUUCCGAUCAAGAGCUUGACUUCCUGUCUGUCAGCCGUCAACAUGUAUGCUCCAAAAAUGAGGAAACUUACAAAGAAGCCAAAUAAGUGUGAAUCCUGUUUGAAGGAGAUCAGCAUUUAUAAAUGUCCUAAGUGUUUGAUCAGAUAUUGUUCCCUGGGCUGUUAUAAGAUUCACUUCUCUCUACCAGAAUCUUGUGCUUCAAAAUUGAAAGAGAAUUCUGGUGUGACUUCACAAGAAAAUGGACAAAAUGAAAUUAAAGGAUCUGAAGAUAACCAAGAUAUGACUAAAAAAAAUGAAGAGAUCCAGGUAACUGCUAAAGAGCCUGAAGACCUCCAGAAGACUGCUAAAGAGGUUGAAGACUCCCUGAUGACUGCUAAAGAAUCUGAGGACAGCCAAAUGACUGUUAAUGAAUCUGAAGGCAUCCUGAGGAAUGCCAAAGAAUCUGAAAAUGGUAUAGUGAAUGAUAGUAUAUCUGAAGCUAGAGAAGUGGAUAUUAGUAAGAAGACAAAUGGUAAUAUUGCUGAAGACAUUGAAAGGAACAAUAGUUUACCGGAAGAUGAUAUCCAGGAGAAUGUUAAUUUGAAGGGUAAUGGAGAAAUGAAUGUUAAUAAAGCUGAUGACAUAGAAAUGAAUGUUAAAGAAUGUGAAAAUGGAAAAACAAACUGUGAUGAGGUUGAUGAUGGACUAAUGAAUAUCAGUACUACUGAUUGUGGAUUAAUAAAUGUUAAAAGCUUGGAAGAUGGGAAAGCGGAUGUUGAUGAAUGUGAAAAUAGAACCAAAACGAAUGUUAGUUUUCUGGAAAAUGAAGAAAGAAAUAAUAACAGCCUUACUGAAGAGAAGGGGAAGUCAGCGGAUGUUAAAUUGAAUGCAGACGAACAGCAAAAGGUUGUUAGUUUAUCUGAUGAAGAAGAAAUAAAUUCUGAUGAAGUUCAACAAAGAAAGACUGUUAAAGAUAGAGAUGAUCAAUUAGAUGUUAGUUUAGCUGAUGGUGACCGACCGAAUGCUAACUCCAGAAGAGAUGAUCCUGAUGAACAGAGCAGUAAAUAUAAUCUAACAAAUGUUGAAAUGACAGAAGAUCAAGUGUUACCAUCACAGCUCAAGAAAUUAGACACAUCUAAGAAACUACAUGAGCUUCUCAGCAACCAGCAUCUACGGGACAUGCUUAUUAGACUAAACUCAUCAGAUAACAUAAGCCAUGCCAUUGAAGCAGCCAUGCAAGAACCCAUAUUUAGUGAAUAUGCUUCUGUAUGUUUGGAAGUCAUAGGAGAUAACAGCACCAGCACUGAAGACAUGUUUCCUGAUAGAUAAUUAGUUGGAAUUAUACUUUUUUAUCCUGUGUAAAUAAAAUUAUGGAAUUCAA